GUCGGACCGAUACGCACCCCGACCCCGACCUACAAACGCCAAGCCAUGGGCACGGCAACCGCAGGCCGCACCGACCGAACCUCCACCUCCACCUCCUCCUCCUCCACCACCACCCACCCACCACCGCAGCGAUCCGAGGGAAGGGCAACGAGCCGGCCGGUCGUGACGGGCGGACGGAGAUGAGGGGCGGAUCCAGACCAACCCCGGCCGCCCUGCUCCUCCUCGCUGCCGCCGGGAUCUGCGCCCAGUUCGCCACGGUGAUAGCUGGUGAUCCUCAAACAUCCAAGGAUGACAAGAAAGCUGAAGCUCAGUCAAAAAGUCAUACUGGCCAAACAGUUUUGUUUGUCCUUCUAGGAGUGGGGACUGCUAUUCUGUUGUCAUUUUUCAUUUUCAAGUAUUGGCAGAAGAAGAAGAGGGAGGAACAACAUGCACGUCUGCUAAAGCUAUUUGAAGAGGAUGAUGACAUUGAGGUUGAGCUUGGUCUUAGAGAUUGAUAAUAUUCGAUGUACAGCAAGAGUAUCUUGGCUGACAAGGUUUUGCUGGCUGGUCCUCAUAGCAUUUUCAUGUUAAUGUAAAGAAUUUGUUGUAUUUAAACUCGACAGACCUCCUGAGGAAAGGAAAGGUCUAUUGUACUUUACCUUUAUAUGGUGAACAUCUUGGCGCUUAGGAUGCAUGAGAGGGGGGGGGGGGGUUCAAGGUUUGGAAAACACAUUCUUUUGGUUUCAAGGCUUUCUGAAUAUAUAUACACGUUUACUAAAGAAAUGCCCAGGCUAUGUUUAUCCUUUGUGUGACGGCCUCCUCCCUGUAUUGCAUAAAUGCAGUGUUUAGGUUCCAUGAUGCUUAAAUUUCGAAUUAGUUUAUGCUUACCAA